UCUAUUCUUGUUUCCAUUUUCCAAUCUCGUUUACCACUCUGUCCCUGCAUUUUUCUGUCUCCUACCUUCAUCUCUCUGUCCCUCUGUCUGUAUCUCCCUCCAUUGUUCCCAUUUGCAGAUGUAGCUCAGCAAGAAAACUGAUGGAGUCCACCAGGGCCCAUCAAAUACUGAACUGGCUGAUUCCCUAGGGUUGGGGGUAGCCCUUGCCCCUCAGUAUGGCCAACACCACUGGAGAGCCCGAAGAGGUGAGCGGCACACUCUCCCUGCCAUCAGCAUCGGCUUAUGUGAAGCUAGUGCUGCUGGGACUGAUCAUGUGUGUAAGCCUGGCAGGCAAUGCCAUCUUGUCCCUGCUGGUGCUCAAGGAGCGUGCCCUGCACAAAGCUCCUUACUACUUUCUGCUGGACCUGUGCCUAGCCGAUGGCAUACGCUCUGCCAUCUGCUUCCCCUUUGUACUGGCUUCUGUGCGCCAUGGCUCCUCAUGGACCUUCAGUGCACUCAGCUGUAAGAUUGUGGCCUUUAUGGCUGUGCUCUUUUGCUUCCAUGCGGCCUUCAUGCUGUUCUGCAUCAGCGUCACCCGCUACAUGGCCAUCGCCCACCACCGCUUCUAUGCCAAGCGCAUGACACUCUGGACAUGCGCAGCUGUCAUCUGCAUGGCCUGGACCUUGUCUGUGGCCAUGGCUUUCCCACCUGUCUUUGAUGUGGGCACCUACAAGUUUAUCCGAGAGGAGGACCAAUGCAUCUUUGAGCAUCGCUACUUCAAAGCAAAUGACACACUGGGCUUUAUGCUUAUGUUGGCUGUGCUCAUGGCAGCCACACAUGCUGUCUAUGGCAAGCUGUUACUCUUCGAGUAUCGUCACCGCAAGAUGAAGCCAGUGCAGAUGGUGCCAGCCAUCAGCCAAAACUGGACAUUCCAUGGCCCUGGGGCUACUGGCCAGGCUGCUGCCAACUGGAUCGCUGGCUUUGGCCGUGGGCCCAUGCCACCAACUCUGUUGGGUAUCCGGCAGAAUGGGCAUGCAGCUAGCCGGCGGCUACUGGGCAUGGACGAGGUCAAGGGUGAAAAGCAGCUAGGCCGAAUGUUCUACGCGAUUACACUGCUCUUCUUGCUCCUCUGGUCACCAUACAUUGUGGCCUGCUACUGGCGAGUGUUUGUGAAAGCCUGCGCUGUGCCCCACCGCUACCUGGCCACUGCUGUUUGGAUGAGCUUCGCCCAGGCUGCUGUCAACCCAAUCGUCUGCUUCCUGCUUAACAAGGACCUCAAGAAGUGCCUGAGGACUCAUGCCCCUUGCUGGGGCACAGGAGGUGCCCCAGCUCCCAGAGAACCCUACUGUGUCAUGUGAAACAAGCCAGUAGGUGAUAGGCAGGGGGAAAGUCAUGAUUACCAUACUGGGGCCAGCAGCAGGGGAAGGGUGGGACCCAUACAGAAGCCUUCUUUUUCGAGCUUCAGUCCAGGCUCUCAAACCAUCCAUAACUGAGGCCUUUUGCCAACACCUCCCUAGGGUUGGAAAUGGGGUGAAGAACUGGAAAAGAGGCAUUUCUAGUUUUGUGGGGCUUGUUCCGCAGCCUCCACUACUUCCACAAUCUCCUUUUCCCAUGCCCUCCCUGCCUUCCCUUCCCUCUCCCCUCUCCUAUCUUUCUAAAGUAAUGAUUCAGUAAAUGAAAACAAACUGAAAAUGCAGGGUUUUUAAUAAUAACAGCUGAGGAAACAGGCUUCCUUGCUUAAAUGUCCCCCCUUUUGACAUUGUAAAGAAAUGGGAAAUUUCUCCUGUAAAAUAGAUUCCCAGAGAUCUUGUUGCCUCCUGGGUUCCCAUUCACCCUCCCCUUCCAAAUCUUUAGCAAGACUUGGAUGUUUAGGAAAUAUUGGCUUAAGUCUUCAGACAAGAGGGACCAAAUGGGGUGAUGUAUAACUUGGGAGCAAGGAUGUUUAAAUUGCUAUGUUGUGUGCAAUGUUGUUUUUAGCUAACCUUGAUCCAAAGCCCGAUCCCCAAGCCCUCCCUACCAUGUCCAGACUUCACAGGUGUUUCUUGAGGCUGUUUGAGAAGCCAAGAGCAUACAAAGAAGGGCCUCCAUGAUGUGCCCAGGAUAGAUGAAGAGCAGAAUGGGGGAUGGGCUCCUCAACCAGAGUAUACCAAACUUAGCUACAUUAGCUCCCCUUUCCUCCUAGGAAUAUAUAUCCACUUUAGUCCCCACUAGGGAUGAUGUGGGUAUAUGCUGACAGGGAAAGUCAUCCAUGGAAGUUUAGGGAGAUAGUUGAACUCUCCAGAGUAGCUGGAGUCCAGACCGUGGGGUCAGAGCUAAAUUCAACUCCACAAUUGUUCACUUGGGUUCACACUACUCCCCCUAAAAUGAAAGUUCUUUGGGGACCUUGGUGACCAAUAGUUAUACAAACGUCAAGGGCACUGUGGAAUUGAGUCUAUUCCUGCUUGAACUCUUUCUGUCCCUUUCCUAGCCUCACAGUCCUUGAGCUCCUACUUGCUUGGGCCCCAAGAAUCCUUCCCAGAAGUUUUUUUUUUCUCCAUACACUCUUACCUAUGCCCAAAGUGGAGCAGACUACAUCCAAAUUUCAAAGAUGGAAGGUCCCAAGCUUCUUUUCCAUGGACAAAGACCACCUUGGGCUUACUUCAAGGCCAGUUCUAUAGACUGGUGAGCAAAGUUGGAACUCUUUGCCUAAGUUUGGGGCAAUGAUCUCUCCACCCCCUUUCCUUCUUUAUAAACUCCUGUCCUAAACUCCACCUCUACCCCAAGAUAGGCCCUGAACUGAGGAAGUCUUGACCCAAAAGCAAUGAAGGGGGCACUCUAGGUAGAAGAGAUAUUGAUGACCCUGGUUGUGGAGUGGCCCUGAAAAAGCAAGCCAGAGGAGCUGAGAGGCUGGGAAUGUGUGUUUGGGGUGGGGCUAUUCUCUCAGUGAUGAUGAUAGGAAUGCCUUUCUGAGGGCUGGGGUGCAAAGACCAAGGCGGGAGGGCAAAUAGGGUAGACUCAGGAGGGUUUUCCUCCAUUUCCUUUUUCUAACUGCCUGGAUUCAUCAUUGGAUUUUGUAAAUGGAAAAAGUGAAAUGAACAAUGUUAUAUUGGAUGUUCUCUCUCUCUCUCUCUCUCUCUCUCUCUCUCUGUGUGUGUGUG